AUGCUUCCUGGAACUGGACGCCAGCAGGGAAAUGUAAAUGCUGAACAGCAAAUAAGAUGUACAUUGACGUCAGUCCAGAGUCAUGCUGUGAUUACAGACAGUUCCUUUUGCAAGAGCAAGACAUUACAAAACUAAUCUGUUAGGUAGAAAACCAUUGCUGCCUCUGAGAGACAUGAGAGACAAAGAUGUUCGUAGAGAAAAGCGAAGGGAAAGAGCCUCAGGGAAAUAGCUCUGUAAGAAAAAAGCAAGAGAAGCUGCUACUGGAGACGUGUCAGCAUAUCAGAUCUGUUCUCCUGCCACCAGCCUGCCACAGGGUGUAGUGAUGGCGAGCUCACCAAGCCCUUUGCACAGCUCUCAGCAACUUGCUGAAGAGGCCUCACGCAAAAGAGAGCUUCGCCUAAUGAAGAACAGUCUAGUUGGAUGUGAUCAUGCUCACGGGAGGGUCUUUGUUAUCGCUUCCAGGGAAGCUGCACGGGAAUGCCGUCGGAAGAAGAAAGAGUAUGUCAAAUGUCUUGAAAACCGUGUUGCCGUGCUUGAAAAUCAAAACAAGACACUCAUCGAAGAACUCAAGGCCUUAAAAGACUUGUACUGCCGCAAAACCGAAUAAGCAAAAACUGUCGGGGGUCACACAUUUUAACUAUUGCGCUCUUUACAGAUUACUGAAUGCACCUAAGCAAAAGCACUUUCACUCUGUUUAGUCACUGCUCGCCGAUGCAGAAAACAGGCCACAGAUGCAUUAUUUAUGUAGUUUUAUAUCUUGAUGACUGUGAAAAUUGUAUGUGUGUUAUGUGAUUGUCUAACAGAGCUGAUUUGCUGCACUGAGCCAGUGAAUGUGUGGUAUUUUGCCUUUGUCACUUGUUCUUUUUCAGGAAUGCAGCUAAAGAGUGUCGCCGUAGAAAAAGAGAGUAUAUAAACUACCUAGAGGUCCGUGCCACCAUACUGGAGCAGCAGAACAAGAAGCUCAUGGAAGAGAUAAAUUAUAUGAAGGGAAUCUGUAAACAGAAGCCAAGUUA